GUCGCACCCUCACCCCUGAGUCUGUGCCACUAGAUCUACCACUCUCUAUAUUGCCUGUCAUUGAUGAUAAAUCACCGUUUCUGCUCACCUUCUUGCCUCUUUCUCGGGACGAGACAGGACUUGGUACUCAUCGGCACCGACAUCGGACUUGGAUUCAAGAGCAAACGCUGACGAACAAGAAUUUGGCCGGCACCGACUUUUUACUGCAGUUGUUUUGCAAACAGAUGACGCCUCACCAUUCACCAGAUACCCGGGCCUUGUUACUGCCGUGGACAUCUCCUGGGCCUGUCGCUCUUUUUCACUUGUGUAUGAGUCCGGUUCACCCAGGCUUCGAAGAAACACUAUAUUGAACGUCAAUUAAUUUAAGAAAUCACUGGAACAUACAGUCAAGAUGAGCCAGGCUGCCAACUCUCUUAGAGACAUCAGUUCGAUCAUGAAGCCAGUCCGAGUCGCAGUCAUCGGUGCCGGAGCCUCUGGAUUGGUUACCGCCAAGUACCUCAGCCAAUCCAGGGAGUUCUUCGGCGUACCCAAUGUUGAAGUUCGCAUCUUCGAGCGCGAAGACAGUGUCGGCGGUGUUUACAAGUACAGAGUGUACGAAGAGGCCGAGAUGGUGUCUUCCAAGUAUCUCACAGCUUUUUCGGACUUCAGGGCUGCUCGAGAUCUUCCUGAUUUCCUGCCAAUGGGAGAUUACGUUCAAUACCUCGAGAACUACUGCACUCAGUUCAAACUUUGGGACCUCAUCCAGACUAAAACCGAGGUCCUGAACGUGUCACGUACCUCCAGCGGCCAUCGUGUCGUUUUCAGACGAAUCGGCAAAGGGUCAUUCGACGAAACCAAGAAUGAGUUGGAAGGAUGCGAGUCGUGGGAGUGUGACGCUGUCGCCAUAUGCUCCGGACUGAACAAUGUCCCUUAUAUCCCGUCCAUAAAGGGUCUCGACGGCGUCCAGACUCUUCACUCGUCUGAAGUCAAAGAGAGAAAACAAUUUGGAAUCAACACGUCGGUAAUGAUCCUCGGGGCGGGGGAGACAGCGAUGGAUCUUGCCCACUUGGCAGUGACCUCGGAGGCCCGUGAGGUGACUUUGUGUCACAAGGACGGCUUCUUCUGCGCCAAAAAGACUGUUCCGCUGCCAGUUGUCAUGAAGAUAUGGAAGCCCGACCCUCAUCAGAAGCCAGUCGACACGGCAAUUGCCAGCUUCCUUGACACAGCUUACCUUCCAGAGAGGCUCCAACACUCCCAGUUCAUUUGGAACGUAUACGACAGGACGCUUAAAAGCCUACACUUUCUUUCCGGGGGGACCAGUGCCGGUCCGGAUCAGUGGGUUGGCCAGAUCGAAGGCGAUCGCAACAAUGUGGAUUCCUUGUUUCUGGUCAAGUCAGAUCGCGCGUUACCAUAUCUGAACGAAGGAUACCGGGCGCAGGGCAUUUUCUCUCGUGCCCGAGCCUUUGUUAUGAACAUGGAGCUUAAGGAAACGGGCGGAAAGAAGAUCUUGACUGCCCCGUGGCCCACAUCGUUUUCAAGUGACGGCACCGCCACCUUUCCGGAUAGCAAGAGAAAGGAGCAUGCUGAGGCACUUGCCAGAGGCACUCGACCUGAUUUAGUUGUCCUUGCGACGGGAUACGUUCGUCGGUUCUGCUUCCUGGGCGAAGACUAUCCGAAGCCGGACGAGCUGGAUGUUCGCGGCAUCUGGAGACGAGGCGACGUGACUGCCGGCUUCAUCGGCUUUGUGCGUCCUGGUAUCGGUGCCAUACCCCCUCUUGCUGAACUACAAGCUCAACUAUGGGUUUUGAACCUCCUUCGGUACAAGUAUCCCCAACAAGUGCCUAUGCCCCUCCUCGCUCCGGGUCAAGACACGUGCCCCGAUGCUGUCGCCCAUUAUGAGGUUGACUACGCUCUCAGAGCUCGAGGAGGACACGAUUUCUUCAAGACCAAGCACGGUGUCGAGCAAGAGUCGUAUGCGUACCAGCUUGCGCUCGAUAUGGGUGCCGCGCCAACGAUAUCCUUCAUGGCGCGUCAAGGCUUCAGAGCCUUCUACACCUGGGCUAUGGGGUCCAACUUCAAUACAAAAUUCAGGCUUGUUGGACCCUGGAAGUGGGAGGCCGGUGCUCUUUCCAUCAUGCGCGGAGAGCUCUUCGAGGUCGUCAUGCAAACUGGCGGUGGCGUGUUCUUUGCGACAUAUACUCUACUCCCACUGUUUCUCUUUGGUACUCUGACUGUCGUACUCCAUGUGACUGCUGGUUUCUUGCGACUUCUUGGGAUGGAGCAGCGUGCCAAGGACGUUCUCGGCUCAGGAAGUAUCCCGCGUCGAGAAGGUGAAGAGCUUUGAAUCAUAAUCACAGGAUCUAACGCUGAUCUAGGCUUCUCAAACAGUCAAACUUGGUUGACUGUAAAACCCAACAUUAAUAAUUAGGAAAAGCCAGUGUAUGCGGUUAGAGCCUUGCUGCUAUGUUUGAUUUUGAUGCUCAAAAGCCUGCCAAGCCAACGUUUGGUGACAGGAGAUUUGAAUUGAAGCAGCUCAAUUUACAUCACUCUUGUAACCUCCAAUACCGAUCUUACCCC